ACUGAUAAAAUACAACAAAGGGAAUGAUUUGUUUCUCUAUAAUGAUCUAAUAUCUCUUUAUCAUCUCAUGUGAAGGGGUCAUGUAGGAGGAGUUCUUUUGAAACCAAACAAGUUACGAAUUUUCCCUUAUAAAAAGGAAAUUGAGACCCGACAACUCACUGGAUCUCACCAUAAGAGGUUUGCAAUGCACAGGUCCUGGCACAGACAGUUGUGUUGUCACGCGUAUGAGUCCAGAACCUUUCUCCAGCUUCUAUAAGCAGCAACACUCCUCUCCCUCCUCCCACACCUCCUCAGAGCAUCUUUAAUAAGACACAUGCUCCGGGGCUCAGGCUCUCAUUCACACCAAACACUCCUUGGCGAUCCCCCAACAGGCUGCCUGCUCCACUUCUAGCCCCGCCGAGUCUUCAUGGGUUGAACUGACAGGAGUGCCACACUCUCCUCUCCUCCUUUUUCCACCUCUCCUCUCCUCUCAUACUCCACGCAUCGCUCCUCCAUUACAUCGUCAACCGCCCCCCCCCCCCCCCCCCCCACACACACACACACACACACGCACACCACCGUUAUGGCUUGUGCCCCGGGAAUGUUUGGAUUUGCAGCCGCAGCAGCAUAAUCCUCUACUGAAGGGAGUUGCGGACGCAGCAGCCCAUAGAGAGAGAGACAGUGAGAGACAGAGAGCGAGAGAGAGAGAGAGAGAGAGAGAGAGAGAGAGAGAGAGAGAGAGAGAGAGACCCAGCGGACAGAAGCAGCGGAAGGAGGGAAGCAGCAGGGAGGAGCAGCAACAGCAGCAGCGGCGGCAGAGUGAUCCACCUGUCACAGAGUGGAAGGGGCCCCCCGCCUGAUCCGUCUGCCUGCAGGGGGGACCCCGCGUGGCCGGUCAGCACCAGGGACUAUGCAGCUGGGACUGGUGGCUCUGGCGAUGGUCUUUCUCGGAUCCAUGGGUCACAGCGACAGUGGCCUCAAGCUCUCAAAGGGACUGAGGCAGAGACGGAUUAGCACUGAGGGGCCACCAUCUUGCUCAAAUGGCUGUGAGCGAUGUUCCGAAUACAAUGGCUGUAUAAAAUGUAAGCCCAAACUCUUCAUUCUCCUGGAGCGCAACGACAUCCGCCAGAUAGGCGUGUGCCUCGCCUCGUGCCCACAGGGAUACUUCGGCAUGCGGACUCCCGAUACCAACAGAUGCAUUCAAUGUAAAAUAGAGAAUUGUGAGGAGUGUUUCAAUCGAAAUUUUUGCACAAAAUGUAAGGAGGGCUUAUAUUCACACAGAGGGCGAUGCUACCCCAGCUGCCCUGAAGGCCUCAGCACCACCAACGGGACCAUGGAGUGUGUAGAAUGUGAACUGGGCGAAUGGAGCCCAUGGGGUCCCUGUAUGAAGAAGAACAAGACGUGUGGCUUUAAGAAAGGCACACAGACCAGAAUGCAAGAGCUUCUUCAUGCCUCCAGCACUGACACAGUCUCUGCGUCAUCCCCCCGGCCAUGUGCUCCACAGACUGAGAGACAGAAGUGCACAGUGCAGAAGACACCAUGUGGAAAAGGAGAUGGGAAUAAGAAUAAGGGCGAGCGACGAGACCAGCAGAGGAGGCGAGACAAAGAAAACGUCCGAGGCCAUGGCCACGAGGGCAAAGAGAGUGGCAAAGAGGGUGGCAAGAAGGGUGGCAAAGAGGGAGGAAAAGAAAGAAGCAGAGAGGGGGGCAAAGAGGGAGGAAAAGGAGGAAGAGAGGGUGGCAAGGGAGGCGGCAGGAGGAAAAAGGGCCAAAACCAGGCCACCUCCGCGCCCAGCCUUACCCCUAGCACUGUAGUCUAGGCCUUACUCACGUUGGGACUUAGUGGGGACAAGGAGGGACAAAAACAAGGCGACUAGGCAACACCCACCUGCAUUGGCCAUUAUUAAGAGACAGACAGUGGACAGAGGAGACAAUAUCAAACUGAUGAAGAAAAGGAUUAAUGCUGCUAUGCAUUCUAGAAGAUGCUCUAAGAGAACUGGAGGAUUGCUGCAAUAAAUGAGGAUCAGGACUUGGACUUAUCAGACGUGGAGCGAAGAGGGUGAAUGUGCAAUGUGGAGGGUUCCACUGUAAGCCUUGCAGUAGGGUCAACAUGUUUCAUUUCACCGCUCCCAGGUUUAUCAUGGAGUUGGCAGAUGGAGAUCCCAGUGGCUUAACAGUGGAACACACUGAAUAUGAAUAUGAGAAUUUCAAGAUGGAGUCUUCACAAUGAUCAAGGAUCUCUACAAUCCAUUAGAAUCCCUGAUGUGCUUUUCAAAAUCUAUUUUUCAUUGUUGACGACUCAUGUUUUGUGAAUGGUAGCAAGUAGAUAUUUCUAAGGAGAUGUUGUUGUAAGUGAUAUAGAGACAAUGAACAGUAUUAAAAUUCUUUAUUAUUAUUAUUUUUUAAUUAAUUCUAUUUUAUGAUUAAACAAUAGAAAGGCACUGGAACAAAUGUGUGGUUUUGAAGGAAUGUUUUGAAGGAAUUUUAAUUACAUUUUUGGUUUGUAGAGAAUCUACUCCAAAACAAACCAGCAACAAUAUAGAGAAGGUUUAUACAGCUUUAGUUCAAAUCCUGAUCUGGUGUUAGACAAAGGUUACCCACAUAAUAGCUUAAUUCUUAAUUUCAAAUAGAAUGUUUUGCUAUCUUCAGCAUAAAAAGUUUAGGAUUGAAAACUGUGUGUUGUGUAUGUGUGUUGUGAGUAUGUGUGCGUGUGUCUGUGUGUGCAUUUGUGCCUGUCUGUAAAUGUUACAGAAUUUCAGCAAAAUGUUUUUGUGAAGUAGUGGUCACACAAGUGUAUGUAUAUUUGUGUGGGUAUAUUGUUUGUGUUUCUGCACAUAAGCUUAAUGUGUGUGUGUGUGUGUGUACGUAUCAAUCUGGUAGAAUGGGAAAUUUUAUAUAAACUCAGCAAAAAAAGAAAUGUCCCAUUUUCAGGACCCUGUCUUUCAAAUAUAAUUCGUAAAAAUAAAAAUAACUUCACAGAUCUUCAUUGUAAAGGGUUUAAACACUGUUUCCCAUGCUUGUUCAAUGAACCAUACACAAUUAAUGAACAUUCACCUGUGGAACGGUUGUUAAGACAGUAGGCAAUUAAGGUCUUAGUUAUGAAAACUUAGGACACUAAAGAGGCCUUUCUACUGACUCUGAAAAACACCAAACGAAAGAUGCCCAGGGUCCCAGUUCAUCUGCGUGAAUGUGCCUUAGGCAUGCUGCAAGGAGGCAUGAGGACUGCAAAUGUGGCCAGGGCAAUAAAUUGCAAUGUCCGUACUCUGAGACGCCUAAGCCAGCGCUACAUGGAGACGGGACGGACAGCUGAUUGUCCUGGCAGUAACAGACCAUGUGUAACAACACCUGCACAUGAUUGGUACAUCCGAACAUCACACCUGCGGGACAGGUACAGGAUGACAACAACUGCCCGAGUUACACCAGGGUCGCACAGUCCCUCCAUUAGUGCUCAGACUGUCCGCAAUAGGCUGAGAGAGGCUGGACUGAGGGCUUGUAGGCCUGUUGUAAGGCAGGUCCUCACCAGACAUCACUGCCAACAACAUCACCUAUGGGCACAAACCCACCGUUGCUGUACCAGACAGGACUGGCAAAAAGUGCUCUUCUCUGACAAGUUGUGGUUUUGUCUCACCGGGGGUGAUGGUCCGAUUCACAUUUAUUGUUGAAGGAAUGAGCGUUACACUGAGGCCUGCACUCUGGAGCGGGAUUGAUUUGGAGGUGGAGGGUCCAUCAUGAUCGGACUGAGCUUGUUGUCAGUGCAUGCAAUCUCAACGCUGUGCGUUACAGGGAAGACAUCUUCCUCCCUCAUGUGGUACCCUUCCCGCAGGCUCAUCCUGACAUGACCCUCCAGAAUGAAAAUGCCACCAGCUAUACUACGCGUCCUGUGUGUGAUUUCCUGCAAGACAGGAAUGUCUGUGUUCUGCCCUGGCCAGCGAAGAGUCCGGAUCUCAAUCCCAUUGAGCAUGUCUUGGACCUGUUGGAUCACAGGGUGAGGGCUAGGACCAUUCCCCCCAUAAAUGUCCAGGAACUUGCAGGUGCCUUGGUGGAAGAGUAGGCUAACAUCUCACAGCAAGAACUGGCAAAUCUAGGACAGUCCAUGAGGAGGAGAUGCACAGCAGUACUUAAUGCAGCUGGUGGCCACACCAGAUACUGACUGUUACUUUUGAUUUUGAUCCCCACCCUCUUUGUUCAGGGACACAUUAUUCAAUGUAUAUUACUCACACCUGUGUUACAUGUUCAGUUCAUGUCUCAGUUGUUGAAUCUUGUUAUGUUCAUACAAAUAUUUACAUAUUAAGUUUACUAAAAAAUAAACGCAGUUGACAGUGAGAGGACGUUUCUUUUUUUGCUAGGUUUAUAUGAUGAGAGAGACCAUUGUAAAGGCACAGUUAUAUAUCAACGCAUCAAUAUUUCCAUAAUCAUAUGCCUCUGGUUACAUGUAAACCAUCUACAGCUGCUCAGUAAUCAUGUGUUUUUGCAACAGGGUCCAACAUAUUGCACAGCCUUUUGUGUUCUGUGCUAUAUACAGCUCUGUCAGUGGAAAUAAUCACUGCAUUAUUCAACUACUGUCAGCCUGAUACGACAGAGCAACUAAAGCUUUUGUACCGUUUGACACUAAUCUUUGAGCAAUCAUUUUCACAUUUUGUUUAGCUUUCCCUGGGUCUAUUUGCUUUACACAAAAAUAUUAGCUUCAUGAGAAGGUAUACGUUAACGCGUUCAUAUUGUGGAUAGUGGUACUGAAAAUGUCGACAUCAGUAUAUCAUUGAUCAUAAUGACUAUUAGUAUCAUUAUGAUAUAUCUGAUUACUUCUGUGAAAGCUUGAAUAAACUUCAGAUUCAGUAAACAUGGCAGACACACUAGCAUGAUCAUUGUAUAUUUUACAGUAGUCGGACUCUUCCUGUGCAAUCAAAUAUUAUUAUUAGUAUUUCCAUUUCCAUGUUUCCAUUUCCUUUUUGUUCUCCGUGGUCUCUCAAUGGAUUUUACUUUUCACACAUACAGUAGUUGGCCUGUAUAUGCCAUAGAUAUACAGUACAGUAGCCUACAUUUAUACCAAUGAUCUGUAUUUGUAUACACUCACCAUAAUAAUUGACACACAUAUUAAGACUGCCUUUCACAGGCUCUUUAAAUGUAUAAUGACAGCACAUUC